AUGGCAUCAAGCCUUUUCAGUUCUUCAAGUGGUUCUAACUCCUCAUGGACACCAAAACAAAACAAGCAAUUCGAGCAGGCUCUGGCUUUGUACGACAAGGACACCCCAGACCGCUGGCAAAAUGUUGCAAAGGCUGUGGGUGGGAAAUCUGCAGAGGAAGUUCGAAGGCAUUACGAGGUUCUUGUCCAGGACGUGAUGAACAUAGAAUCUGGCCAUGUCCCCCUGCCCAAUUACAAAACCAGCACUGCAAAUACUGGGAGCAAUGGUAGACUAGGAUUUGGAGACGAGCAGAUCAGGAUCAUUCUGUGGCGUGCCGCUCAUGAAGAAUCUAAGGCUAUAAUGAAACCGAAGCAUGAGCGCCAUUGA